AUGCAGGAGAUGUCAUCGGAUGAGGAGCCGGGAGGAGUCGGCAUGGAUGAGAUGGAUGAGAUGGUAGCUUGUGGGGUGAAGUCAGGUCAUAAUGAGGCCGCCGCUCUCAACCACGAUGGUGUCACCUUCAAAUGCAUUUCUUGCCACCUGGCAGCGCAAGAGCGUGAAUCCUCAGAAUCACACUCCGCCUACUUUGGAUUCUACAGGAAUGAUAUAUACCGGUUUUGCCCACUUUCCUCACAAUCCGUGACCUUUCAACCUUGCCUUUCAGUUUCCUCCCCGUACUUUCCAUCUGGAGGUAUCGCAUUCCACGAGCUCAUCUUUGAUGUCGCGUCGAAGUCAAAGAGUGACCACUAUCAACUUGAGGUAGACCCAUUCCUGGGUCACGAGCACAAGAAAUCAUUGUAUGUCUCUGGCCGAGUCGACAGUUUUUUGAACAUUAUCCUCACGCCAUGGCAACUGCUCAUCAAAUCUGCCAAGGACUCCUACCUAUGGCUUUUGUUUUGCGGUGCGCUGGUCAACAACGCUGACUCUUUUUCAUACUUGCAAACAUCUGUCUUUAACCCCCCAGAGAACUCUGUGACCCUUUCACAUGUGAGAAAGAGCGGUUCCUGCUGGAUUGCGGUCAACUUGGAGGCCAAGCUUGUUACGUGUGGUGAAGAAAUUCGCAAAGCUAUACUGGCCGUUCACAAGGAACAGGAAGAGGAGGUGCCCUUGCCUGCUUCCUUGAAAAAGGGGAUCAACGAUACUACACCAAACUCAUCAAAGGCAAUGAGGAGGUGGAGGAAAGAGAGGCUGCAUAAAUUAUUCAAGCAGGAAAUCAACGAGUAUGACAAGGCCGAGCAGGAAAGGAAAGGCUUGGAACACUCGAUUAAGUAUCAGACAUUGCAUGCCUGGGAAUGGUUUGAUAAAAUGACGGCUUCACAAAAGCAGGAGGUCAAGUCUGCCAUGGAGAAAUGGAACAGGGAGGGCGCACCAGAAGAAAGUCAAGCUGUGUACCGUAAGAACCAUCUGAAGAGAACUCUUGAGGACUUUUCAAAGCAGAUUGAACGCACCAUGGGUUGUCGCAUGGUGAUGUUUGUGAGUCACAAGAAAAAAGCUCCCCAGUCAUUGGCUGUUAGUGUACAUGAAUCUGAGCCUCAGAAUGCCAAGAAGAGGUUCUUGAAUGAUCCAAGACCAAAUUUUGUAUACCCUUCAGAGGGUCAAGACCAUGCAGAUGCAGGUUCAGACAAUGGCGAUGACGACAGUGGCCCUGUCAUACCUGAGGUUAUACUAGAUGAAGAUGGAUAUGCAAAACUUCCAAUGUGUGAUGGUAUCAGCCUCAAGGGACAACAUGAAUUAAUUAGAAGCAUAUUUCAUGCUUCUUACAAAGUUUGCACAGGUGGCUCUAGACCUGUGCCUUGGGGAACAAUCACCAGCAGCUCAUCCAAUUAUUUGGAAUCUGGCUCAGUACCCACUGGAUUUAUGGUCAAGGACCCUUCUCACAUGAAGACUGAGGAGAAGCUAGUCAUUUUUAUCAAGGCCAAGGUCAGUGAUUUACGUAAUGGAGAUGGAAGGAGGAAGUCUAAGGCAAAAAGAGUAAGCGGACUUGAUGCAGAUGAGGAAGACCAAGACCGGCCGGUUUUGAACAUCCAGCCAGUUGUUCACAGCAACCAGGCUGAAACAACCCCAGAUGAUAUUUCAAUCACUGAACGAUAUACAUAUUUAGAAUCUCUUAGUCGCCAUGAAAACUACCUGGAGCUUGUAGAUGCCCUUAAGGAUCUGGCAAUCUUAGCCAAUCAGAAGCCCAAUUCCGAACAGCACACAGAUUUGCCUAUCUGGGCUGACUGGUCUUGGAAUGGAUUUUUUCUCCCUGAGGAUGUGCAUAUCUCAUAUGACACUUUGAAGGCCAGCUUGAACAAGCUGAUAACAUCUCUGAUCACAGGAGCACCAUCUGCAAUGCCCGUCGUUCUAGGAAUUGGACUUCUCUACAGGGAGUCUAAACGUGUGAUGAAGUUUGAGGAAGAUGAAGCCAACUCCAAUACUCCUGCCUACCUACCUGGGUCUGUUUUUGAUCUACAGUUUCUGGUUGCUCUGGAUGAUGCUGUUCGAGAAGUCUUGGCUAACAUCAUUGAGCACAUUGAGAGGCUGACAAAGGACGCACUUAGUGAGGAUGAUGAUGUGGAGGAUAAUGGAGUGGAUGGAGGAAAAGAAGUAGCGGUGAACCAGGAAAGUGGUAAAGUUGGGGAAGAUAUUCCUAUGCAGCAGAUGGAGAUACAGGAGAAGCAGGAGGAGGAGCAGGAAGAACUCGAAGAGGUACAGAAAGGAAGGAAGAGAAGGUUACCCCAAGCUUCAACAAGUAAGUCUAAGAAACCCAGGACUGAGCCUGAAGUGCGCAGAUCACCUAGGGCAAGGCAACCUUCUAAGAAAGCUCAGAAGUAA